AUGGCCCCACAAUGGCCGUUAAAAUUUGAAGAGGUUACAAAAAGCUCGAGAGUAUUCAGUCGCUUUAACGGUUCAUGUCCAAUGAUAGAAACGUGUAACAAAAUUUGGUGGAUCAAAAAUAUUUUUUGGCCCAUUUAUUCCCUGUUUUGCUUUUAUAUAUCGGUUUACACGGUAAUUUAUCAAGAUUUCAAAAAUAAAAACUACGCUGAUGCCAUCAGGAAUGGCACUAUGUCAAUAGUCGGCUUUACUGUAGCCUUUAAACAUUCUCUUUUGCUAUUCCAUCGUAAAUCUAUUCGAGAAAUUAUUAAAAUUAUCGAAAGGGAUUAUGAGGCAGCCAUAGGUUUUACUGCUGAGGAAAAGGACACAGUUUUGAAGCAUGCUCAACUUGGCACCAGUAUUUGCAAAUUCUGGGUGAUCGUUGCCUUCAUUACUAGUAUGAUGUUUCCAGUGAAAUCAAUUGUUUUGAUGGGUUACUAUCUUGUUAAAGGAGAGUUCAAACUAGUCCCCUUAAUGGACUUGAGUUAUCCAUUCAUAAACGAUUAUAAAAAUAUUCCCGUAAUUUUUGGUAUUCUUUUCUUCUCUUGCUUCUGUUUUGCGGUAUAUGCUGCUACGGCGUACAUAGCGUUUGAUCCUCUUGUACCCGUUAUCGUAGCCCACACUUGCGGCCAAUUAGAAUUGAUUAGCAAUAGAUUAUUAAAAGUCUUUGUUAAUGGUAAAAAUAUGGAAGAAAUAAAUGAAAACUUAAAGGAUAUCAAUAUUAAAUUAGUGGAAAUUUACAGAAUUAUAGAUACCGUGCAAAAGAAUUUCGUGGUCCUGUAUGAGUUUAUGAUGAAAACAACAACUUUCCUCAUAUCGUUCAGUGCCUUUCAAAUUGUUGAGGGUGCGAAGCAUAAUGGAAUAUCAGUGGAGUUUGUCUCGUUCUUCUUCGGCGCUAUUUUACACUUUUACAGCCCUUGCUACUUCAGUAAUCUUUUAAUGGAUAAGAGUGAACAAUUACGUCAAGCGAUAUACUCCUGUGGCUGGGAGUUGCAGCCUAACAUAAGAACCAGAAAGUGCAUCUUACUGAUGCUAACCAGGACAACGAAAUCGGUCGUCAUCAGGACAGUUUUUAUGCCUAUAUGCUUGGAUACAUUCGCUGAGAUGGCACGUCAAGCGUAUGGAAUCUAUAACAUCAUGAAUGCCGCCUGGGGUUAG